AUGUCGACGGGAAGUUUUGUCUCAGCGGCAUCAGUGGAGAACCAUGGCGUAGUCUGCGACUGUGGCCUUCCAUCUCCGGUGAGACGAUCUUGGACACGCCGAAACCCAGAUCGCCGAUUCCACACUUGCAAAGGCCGUCGAGUGGAGAAUGGGUACAUCGACUGCGGGUUCUUCAGAUGGUACAAUCAAGGAGAUCCAAGCGGAUGGCAAUUUCUGGCAUUGCUGGAGGCACGGGAAAUGAUGGAAGAACAGCGCAUGCAGAUUGCAGCGUUGACAAAUGAGGUGACAACGCUCUCCAUGAAUGCUGAGAAUGAUGUCAAAUCGAAGGAACUAGGCAACAGAUGUGAAGCUCUAAAGAGAGAUGUCCAGGUUUUAACUGAGAGGUGUAUUGGUCUCCAAAAUGUUCUCAUUGCUUCAACGGUUGGAUUUGGUGCUGUUUUUGGAGUAAUGAUGCUAAUGUGGACCUCCAACACUGCCUAA